GGGGCGGAGUCUGCGCUCCGAUUCGGGCUGCGGCUGCGGCUGCUGCACUUCUGUCUUCUGGGGGAAGGAGGCUGAGGCCUGGGCAAAGGCCCGAGCCGCUGCUCGCCGGAGCCUCCUGGAGCCCCCGCGCAGGCUCAGCCUGGGGGCGGGCUCGGGCCCGGCCCGCCGCCGCACCCAGGACCGAGGCUGCAUGCCCGAGGACCAGGCCGGCACAGCCAUGGAGGAGGCAUCUCCCUAUUCCUUACUUGAUAUCUGCUUGAAUUUCCUGACUACUCACCUUGAGAAGUUCUGUUCAGCAAGACAAGAUGGAACACUGUGUCUGCAGGAACCUGGAGUAUUCCCACAGGAGGUGGCUGAUCGACUGCUUCAGACCAUGGCUUUUCAUGGUCUACUAAAUGAUGGAACUGUGGGUAUUUUUAGGGGCAACCAGAUGCGCUUAAAGCGUGCUUGCAUUCGCAAAGCAAAAAUCUCUGCUGUUGCUUUCCGGAAAGCCUUCUGCCACCACAAGUUAGUGGAACUUGAUGCCACAGGUGUGAAUGCUGACAUCACGAUUACAGACAUUAUUAGUGGGCUUGGCAGUAACAAAUGGAUCCAGCAAAAUCUCCAGUGCCUAGUGCUGAACUCAUUAACUCUCUCCCUCGAGGAUCCUUAUGAGCGGUGCUUCAGCAGGCUUUCUGGCCUUAGAGCUUUAAGCAUCACCAAUGUUCUCUUUUACAAUGAAGACCUGGCUGAAGUUGCCUCUUUGCCAAGAUUAGAGAGCCUCGAUAUUUCUAACACCUCAAUCACAGACAUCACUGCUCUGCUGGCCUGCAAAGAUCGACUCAAGUCUCUAACCAUGCACCACUUGAAAUGUUUAAAAAUGACAACUACUCAAAUACUGGACGUUGUUCGGGAACUAAAAUAUCUGAAUCAUCUUGAUAUCUCAGAUGAUAAACAGUUUACAUCAGACAUAGCUCUUCGCUUAUUAGAACAAAAGGACAUCCUACCCAAUCUUGUCUCCUUGGAUGUUUCUGGGAGAAAGCAUGUGACAGAUAAAGCUGUUGAAGCCUUUAUACAACAACGGCCCAGCAUGCAAUUUGUAGGUUUGCUGGCUACUGAUGCUGGUUACUCUGAAUUCCUCACAGGCGAAGGAUAUUUGAAGGUGUCUGGAGAAGCCAAUGAAACUCAGAUUGCAGAAGCAUUGAAGCGGUACAGUGAACGGGCAUUCUUUGUCCGGGAAGCUCUAUUUCAUCUUUUUAGCCUGACUCAUGUGAUGGAAAAAACAAAACCAGAAAUUUUAAAGCUCGUGGUUACUGGGAUGAGAAACCACCCUAUGAAUUUGCCAGUGCAACUGGCUGCGAGCGCCUGUGUAUUUAACUUAACCAAGCAGGAUCUUGCUGCAGGAAUGCCUGUUCGACUCCUGGCUGAUGUGACCCAUUUGCUGCUCAAAGCCAUGGAACAUUUUCCCAAUCACCAGCAGUUACAGAAGAAUUGCCUCCUUUCACUGUGCAGUGACCGGAUCCUUCAAGAUGUUCCAUUUAACAGGUUUGAAGCAGCCAAGCUUGUCAUGCAGUGGCUCUGCAACCAUGAGGAUCAAAACAUGCAAAGGAUGGCAGUUGCUAUCAUUUCUAUCCUGGCUGCCAAGCUUUCUACAGAACAAACUGCACAGCUUGGUGCUGAGCUCUUCAUUGUCAGGCAACUUCUUCAAAUUGUGAAGCAGAAAACCAAUCAAAAUUCAGUGGACACUACAUUGAAGUUUACUUUGAGUGCACUUUGGAAUCUCACAGAUGAAUCUCCAACCACUUGCAGACACUUUAUUGAAAACCAAGGGUUAGAACUCUUCAUGAGGGUUCUAGAGUCUUUUCCAACUGAGUCAUCUAUUCAACAGAAAGUUCUAGGACUUUUGAACAAUAUAGCUGAAGUACAAGAAUUACAUUCUGAAUUAAUGUGGAAGGAUUUUAUAGACCACAUCAGUAGUCUCCUGCACAGUGUUGAAGUAGAAGUCAGUUACUUUGCAGCUGGAAUUAUUGCCCAUUUAAUAUCCAGAGGUGAACAAGCUUGGACAUUGAGCCGUAGCCAGAGGAAUUCUCUUUUGGAUGAUUUGCAUUCAGCUAUUUUGAAAUGGCCAACUCCAGAGUGUGAGAUGGUAGCAUACAGGUCUUUUAAUCCGUUUUUCCCAUUACUUGGCUGUUUCACAACGCCAGGAGUCCAGCUAUGGGCAGUUUGGGCCAUGCAACAUGUCUGCAGCAAGAAUCCUUCAAGGUAUUGCAGCAUGCUGAUUGAAGAAGGAGGAUUGCAGCAUUUAUACAACAUCAAAGAACAUGAACAGACUGAUCCCCAUGUUCAACAGAUUGCUGUGGCCAUUCUGGACAGCUUAGAAAAACACAUUGUACGCCAUGGGAGGCCACCUCCCUGUAAAAAGCAGCCCCAAGCCAGACUAAAUUGAUAGCCAUAGGUAAUUGGAUAAUUGAAUCACAGGAAUCCUUUUUGUGAUUGGUCCAUUUGGAAUAUCUUACCCUUUGUGAUUUUUUGAAGGUAUCUAUGACAAAACUCAUAAGAUCAGUUUGGAAUUGAUAAUGUAUAGUAUUGCCCAUGUGAACAGUCUCUAAUUUGUCUUGUGAUUUUUAACUUAUGAGGCAAGAAGGGUCUGUUCCUUCAUCAUUGCCUUUUAGGAAAUUUUCCACAUCUUUCAGUGUUUGAACUUACCUGUGCUUGAGAUUCUACAAUUUUAUGAUAAAGUUUGCACGAAUCCUUAGGCCAGACUUUUCUGAUCUCAAAGUCCCUUCCGAUAAGUUUGCAGCUUCAGAUAAAUUGUUAAUCUGAUUUCUGGCACUGCUUCAGUUGUAAAUUUUAUACUGCUUCUGUAUAAAAUGCCUUUAUUCUCUGUGUAUCCUUUAUAAGAUGUCCUUCUUAUUGUGAAAGAAUGGAAAUCUGGGCUACUUACUGGUAGGAACCUGGAUGGCUGGCAGAAAAAAUAUAUUAGAAAGAAAAUCUAUUAAAGGAGAACAGAGUUUAGGAACUGGGAAUUGCUUUCAUGGUAUAGUUUUUAAAGUGGGGUUUAGGAACUGGGAAUUGUGUUCAUGGUAUAGUUUUUAAGGUGGGACAGGCUAUUCCCCUGGAGCCCACCUUUCUUGAAGCAGUGAGCAGAAGCUUGUUCUCCAUAUUUAUGCCUGGAAGCACGAACUGCUAUUUCCUGCACAGACUACUGGUUAUUCUCUAGAAAUAUUUCCUGAAGCAUCACAGUGUAAAAUAUUACAGCAUUCUGUGUUAAAGACUAACUGUCCAAAUCUCUAUAUGUUAUAUUAUUGUGAAAAUGUGAAUUUUUAGAAUUGUCACCAAUUAAAACUGACCAUUCUUUUCCCUCUAUUUCAAAGUCAUUUUGUUCAGUGAAAUAAAGACUACACAUGGUGUUAACCUGGUCAGUUAAAAUACAAUUGACAACAGUAAAUUUUGACACAAAAAGUUAAGUUUUCUUUUGUUAAAAUACAAGGGGCUGGCUGGUUGCUCAGCAUGGCGCUGAUAACACCAAGAUCUAGGGUUUGAUCCUUGUACCGGCCAGCUGCACCCCCCAAAAUACAUGUAUCUUCUUAAUGUGUUCAUGUUGGAGAAAGAUGUCCACAUCUCACUGCCAAAAAUGAAAGGGAAGAAUUAGACUAUUGUUAUAUGUUUAAAGGUAACAAUUCUAGUUGUCGAGCAUAAAAGGAAAUAUUUAUGGGCCGAGCCCGUGGCGCACUCGGUAGGGUGCUGCGCUGGGAGCGCGGCGACGCUCCCGCCGCGGGUUCGGAUCCUAUAUAGGAAUGACCAGUGCACUCCCUGGCUGAGUGCCGGUCAUGAAUAAGACAAAAAAAAAAAAAAAAAAAAGGAAAUAUUUAUGAUGGACUAUUUUUUAGGCACUUGCUUUUCUUUUAAGAUAUCUGAUACAGUAUAGUAAAGAAUCAGUUAUUAUAUCAAUAAUAGCAUUUGAGAAGCAGCAAGUCACCAAGAAACUUAAUUUCCAUUUAAAAUUUAUUUUGUGAAUAAGGUUAAUCUGCAGUCUCAGAUGACUACAUUUUUUCAUAGAUGGCCAAAGUGUUUUCAACAGAGAUUUUAAAUGGGAUAUUUAAAUUAUAGGGAUUAUUCAGAAGCGUUUUAACUUAGAAAGGAGCUGGUUUAUUAGUUUGCUGAUAACAUUUUUGACACACUUGUUUCAUACCACUACCACAGUAAUCAGACUUGAAUUUUUGGAGUUCAUGGGGAUGAAAACUGAGUUAAAGAAAAUAGGUAUUUAGAAGCAUUAAUAAAUAUUAAAUUAUGGGUUAAUUCUGACAAUUGGUUUAAGGAAUUUUUGUAGGUGUAAAAUAAAUUUUCACAGAUUGUUUAUUUAAGAGGAAAUGGAAAAUUCUUUUGAAGUGUUUUUGUUGUUGUUUUGCCUUUUUCUGAAUUUUAAUGUCUAAGGUAAAAUUCAGAAAAUAGGAUGGCCUAUAGGAGCUUGGAAGUUGACCUUUGGAAUAGCUAUGUCGACCAUUUCCAGGUCUCCUAUCUAGUGUAGUUUGGGGAAAGCCCAUUUGAGAAUUUGGCUUUAAGUUUCUAUUUUAUACCAUUCAAGACAGAACUGCAUGUUCUUUAUAGGCUACUAGGUUUUUUCCUUUACACCAUAUUUUCAGAAAUGGCUAAAAAUGUACAGAAAACAGUAAACCCUUUCUUUACUCACAAUAAUUUUUUGGUAGAUGAAGACUUAAAAUUUUUUUAAAUUAAAUUUAAAUUUACUACUCAGCAUUGGUAGUGGCCAGAUACAUCUGAGUAUUAAAAGCUGAAUAAUUCAUCACAUCCCAAAUAUAUAAAAACUUUAGUGCCUUUGUGGUUUGGAUGGUUCAUAAAAUUGUGUAUAUAAUUAAGGCACACAAUUGUCUGUAAGGUCUUGAAUUUGGCUAAAAUAUAGUAGAUGUAUAUAUUGAAAUUAUGAGACAUAACUGGCCAGUCUCUAGUUAGAAUCUAUGAGGCCUCCCUUUUGCAACUGUAAACUAGAAUAUAACAGUACUUGGUGCCUUCAAAGGUUACCUUUCAGUGACCUUAGAGGUGCUAUUUCAAGCACAAUUUAGACUAGGGUUGAAGAACUCAUUGCUGAAAUUGUUGGUGUGCUCAGAUAUUAUAAAACAUCACUAGAUCACUCCAUAAGCAACAGCACGAUUUGGCUCUACUAAAGGAAAUGGAAUUAGACAUUUUAGAGUAUAAUGAUACAUGCUGGUAUCAUUGAGCAAAACAAGAACAAAUUAGAGCAAUUAUAAUUAAGGCCUCUUAAUUUUUACAUCAAGAAAAUUUUGCUGUGGUCUUUGUACUCUAAAAAAAAUUUUUUUUUUCUUUCUGCAGUCGAAAAGAAACAUAAAUCAAGUAAUAAUAGUUUAGUUUACCCUCUGACCAAUGACUCAGUGGCUACUGGUCUUAGUUGAGAAUUUUUAAAAAGCAUAUCAACCCACAAUUCUAGGAAUUGACCAUAAAUAUUGCUGCACCUCACCCCUGGACAGGAAUGCCAUUUAGUGAUACUAGUCAACUUAGGUGGAUUAGCCAGGGUGAAGAUGAAUAAGGCUGCUAGGGAGUUUGCUUUCAUGAUAUCUUUUAUUUGUAAACUUCCAAAGAAUCAAAAAUUCAUGUUUAGAAACCACCAGUUCUAUUUCUCCAGCUUUAGGAAGUUGCUCUUAUAAAUGAGACCUUUUGUGUUGGCCUGUUUUCUCCUCAGUCACUUUAAUUUGGCUAUGUUUUUAAUUAUGCCAUGUAGCAAGAUAGCAUUGGGCCACCUUCCAUCCAUUUUGAGUACAUGUUAAUGAAAACAUUUUAUGUGCUAAAUUAGAUUAAUGAAUCACAGAUUUGGCUUAGUGUUUUAUUUAUAUAUUUAUUUUUGGAGGGUGACUGGUAGGGGGACCUGUGACCUGUGACCUUGAGUUUUACAAGAUUGCUCUCUAACCCACUGAACUAACUGGCCAGCCCUGACUGAAACGCUUUAAAAUGCAUGCAACAAUAUGCAGCAGUACCCAAAGAAGUAGUGGGAGGGCUGGGUGGUUAGCUCAGUUGGUUAGAGUGUGAUGUUACAACACCAAGGUAAAGAGUUCAGAUCCUGAUACCAGUCGCCAAUAAAAAAUUAAAAGAGGUAGCAGGGAAAAUAAACUUACUGUUUUGUAUAUGGUGAAAUCCACCCCUCUCCUACCCGCUAAUGGUAUGUUUACAUUAUUUGGCUACUGUACAUCUUUUAUUGUGGUUUAAACAGUAUUAAACUGAAGGCAUAAGUUAAAGGCAGUGUUAUACAGUCAGCUGAUGAGGGCUCUUCCAGUUUUAUCUGUAUAUUACUUAUUUGGGGACUGUACUGAAAGGGCUUCUGAAUAGUGCUCUGAGACAAUUGCCAGAGAGGUCUGCAAACUUUUGGUUUCCCUCUGAAAUCCUCUGUAGCAGUUUCAAAUGAUUUUGUGGGUACUGGAUAUUUAAUCUUUACCAUUUGCCAUGUGUUGACACAUUUUUAAUUUUCAGUGUUAACUCAUGAACUGCUUUUUUAAGGAAUUAUAUACAAAACCAACCUUUUUCAAAUGAUGAGAAUAGCAGUGUGAUAGGAAAAUUUGCUGAUUGUAUAUUAAAUGAGUAAUUGCUUUACCUUAUUUAGUAUUUCAUAGACUUUGCGUGACAUGGUACACUCCUAAUUAUGCAUUGUUUGGUUUCCAAAUCUUAAUGUAAGACACUGUAUGUUAACAGACUGGUAGCCUAAGAAAGAGCUUUCUCUGCCUAUUCCCUCCACCCUUUUUGGGGGGUAAAUUAUGCAAAGAUCAAUGCUGUUUUUCAUUACUCUGAAUGACAUAAAGUUCUUUUGGGCAGCACAGCCUUACUCUAUAGCUGGACAGAAUGGCUAUUAAGAAUAUUUCAGGACUGGCCAGUUGGCUCAAUUGGUUAGAGCGCAGCCUUCUAACACCAAGGUCUAAGGGUAACGGCCAGCUACCAAAAAAAAAAAAAAAAAGAAUAUUUCAAAAGUCUAAAUUUAUCAAAAUUAUUUUAUGGGAAAUCUUUAGUCCAUUAAUAGUAUGUGCUUAAUUUUGGAUUUACUUUGGAGAAAACUGUUCAAAUUGGGUUCUUUAAACUUAUUUUAAUCAGCUUAGAAGCAAGAAGGUACUUAGCUAAUGAAAGCUGAGACACUUUCAUAAGCAGGAAAUUCUUGAGAACAUUUUUUUCUUUAGAAAUGGGAGGAUAUUAUAUCAAAAUUUAUUCUCUCAGAUAAGCUGCAAGAAUAAAAGUUUUUAAGUCCUGGGCCGGCCCGUGGCUCACUCGGGAGAGUGUGAUGCUGAUAACACCAAGGCCACGGGUUCGGAUCCUAUAUAGGGAUGGCCGGUUUGCUCACUGGCAGAGCGUGGUGCUGACAACACCAAACCAAGGGUUAAGAUCCCCUUGGGCCAGCCCCGUGGCUCACUCAGGAGAGUGCGGCAUUGGGAGCGCAACUGCACUGCCACAGUGGGUUCGGAUCCUAUAUAGGGAUGGCCGGUGCGCUCACUGGCUGAGCGCGGUGCAGACAACACCAAGCCAAGGGUUGCGAUCCCCUUACCGGUCAUCUUUUUAAAAAAAUAAAUAAAAGUUUUUAAGUCCCUGACUUUUGUAGAAUCUCAACUGUCAAAUUCUCACUGACUUUGUGAGAAAAGCUAUCUUCUGCUUGAAGUCUGAUGGAUGUGUUUAACUCCUUUAGAAGGAUAUGAAAAAUUCAUUGGAAAAUGUAGUGUGUUUAUAUUUCAGAUAAGACUCACUUAUCUGGACUGAAGGCACUGUUCUCACUAUGGCCAGAUGAAUGGGAGUAUUUUGUACAUGGAUCAUGCUAUAUUUUAAAACAGGACAUCACUUAAGUAUUAAUGUUGUGUGUACAGAUUUUUGUUUUGGGAUUUUUUUUUGCCUAAGUAAAUAAAUGUUAUAAAUUUUA